CAGUCAGAGAGAGCAAUCCUCCACCACACUAUUUCUGUGUUGAGUUUCAUGAGAGAAUAACAUUUUUUUUAGUGGGAUUGAUGUCCAUGAAGCUGUUUUUUCAUAGCUAACUGGCGAAAUAAGGAUAUUUACAAAGAUGGACGACAUCGACGCUAUGUUCAGCGAUCUGCUGGGGGAGAUGGACCUCCUCACUCAGAGUCUCGGAGAGGAAAUAGGGCCUCCUGAACCUCUCCCCACCACAGACAAGGAAGUAAAUUACUCCAUCGGCUUCACCGACCUCAAUGAGUCACUCAAUGAACUGGAAGACACAGACUUGGAUGCACUUAUGGCUGACUUGGUGGCUGACCUCAAUGCGACUGAAGAGAAACUCGCAGCGGGGAUAGAAGAUCUGAAGGUGAUAUCGCCGCCCAAGCAAGAUUUGCCGCCCCCGCCCACGAGCCACGCUUCCCCGACGUCGCCUGCCAGUAGCACCAGCAGCAAUGCUACCACCCCAGCUUCUUCUGCCGCCUCCCCCUUACCACCUCCGCCCCCACAGGGUGCAAAGCCUACAAUGGAGGAAAUUGAGGCACAGAUGAAGGCGGACAAAAUCAAGCUCGCUCUUGAGAAGCUGAAGGAAGCUAAAGUGAAAAAGUUGGUGGUGAAGGUGCUGAUGAAUGACGGCAGCUCCAAGACUCUCAUGGUGGACGAGAGGCAGAACGUCAGGGAUGUUCUGGACAACAUGUUUGAGAAGACUCACUGCGACUGCAAUGUGAGCUGGAGCCUGGUUGAGACAAACCACGAGCUUCAACUGGAGCGGACAUUUGAAGACCAUGAAAACCUUGUGGAUCUCCUCUCAGCGUGGACAAGGGACAGCGAGAACAAAGUCCUCUUUCAAGAGAGGAAAGAAAAAUUUGAGGUUUUCAUAAACCCACAGAUCUUUUAUCUAUGGAAAAAGGAUAAGGCAGCUCUGAAAGAAAUAAAGGACAAAGACAAAGAGCUUUUAAUAAAGGAGAACUUCUGCGGGACUUCCAUCAUCGUGCCUGAUCUUGAGGGGGUGCUGUACCUCAAAGAGGACGGCAAAAAGUCGUGGAAGCAGCGGCUCUUCCAGCUGAGGGCCUCAGGAAUUUACUACGUGCCCAAAGGGAAGACCAAGUCAUCCCGUGAUCUCGUCUGCUUUGUCCAACUUGACAACUUAAAUGUCUACCACGCCAAAGACUUGAAGACCAAAUACAAAGCCCCUACUGACUUCUGCUUUGUUCUGAAGCAUCCUCAAAUCCAGAAGGAUUCUCAGUAUAUCAAGUACAUGUGCUGUGAUGAUGCCUGGUCCAAGAAACUUUGGAUCACUGGAAUACGCAUUGCAAAGUAUGGCGUGUCGCUGUAUGACAACUUUAAAACAGCCGAGAAGAAGGCUGCCGUCAACUCUGCGUGGACGAACCGCAGCACUCCAUCCAGCUCCAAUCCAUCAACACCCUCACCCACUAUCAAAGCCAAAACACCAAGCCAGGCCAAUGGGCACGCUACAAAACCCCAACCAAGACCUGAUUCUAAGGACUUUGGAAAUUUACCGCCUCCACCACCAAUGACCGAAGUCCUCCCCCCACCACCUCCAGACCCAGCCUUCCCUCCUCCACCAUCUCCUUUGUUUGCCAAGAGUUCCUCAAAACCUUCGCCUCCCCAGCGACAACUGCCAACCAACUUCCCUCCACCUCCAUCUGCAAUGGACAACCUCCCUCCUCCGCCGCCACUCCCAUCCAUGGACGACAGCUCAGAGGCUCCACCAGACUUCCUCCCUCCCCCUCCUCCGGCGGCUAGCUUUGGUUCUCUGCCACCACCUCCACCUAGUUUUGGCAGCAUGGACCAGUCUCUGCCUCCUCCACCACCAGAUCCAGAGAUCUUACCACCGCCUCCAUCUCAGCCAGUAUUUAUAGGGGCUGGAGCACCUCCUCCACCUCCGCCACCUCCUCCGCCUCCUGCUGCGCCCCCAAAAGCAGCAUUGCGGCCUACUGGGUCAGUGAAGAAGAUCCCUCCUGCUCCGCCAAAGAGGACUACACCAAUGCAAGGAGAGGGAGGGGGAGGAGGAGGAGACGGUGGAGACUUCAUGUCAGAACUGAUGCUUGCCAUGCGGAAGAAGCGCAGCGAUAAUUAGCCUGAAGAGGGUAUUAUCUGGAAAUAAAAAUACCACUAACUGUGGCUGAACAAAGACCAAUUUAACCUUUAAUCAGCCUCUCUGUGAUCCUUUGUAAAAAAAAAAAAAAAAAUCAUAUCAGCUCAUCUUUUCUUGCACGUCUUCAAGCUGAAACUAGAAGUCUGCUUAUUUACACCAAAUGUUUCUCGAAUCAAGUCAAAGGUUGAUUGUCUUUGGGACCGAAGAGAAGUCCCCUUCCACUCAAGGGUAUUUUUACCUACUAUUGGGCGUCACCUGGAUGUUCUUCUUCUAGUGACUUAUGUGCACUAGAAGGAUGUUGCUUCAUUGUGGAAGUUUCUCUGCAUCCAACUUGUUUGGAGCCAAUAGGCCGCCUACACUAGUGUGAUGUGGAAGUCUUCAGUGCACAGGCGCUGAGAAUUGACGUGUAAAACAUUGUCGAUCCAACGAUUGAACUUCUGAAACUAUUUGCAUACAGAUGUAAUUUCAAUAUUGUCUAACCAGCCAAAUGAUGGUUUGGAACAUUUAUUAUUCUUAGCAGAAUAUUUGUCUUUUAUGUUUUAAAACAUGUCCGGUGGGGCUUCAAAGAAACUGUUAUACAUAGUCACUGGUGUCUGUAAGUUUGCUACUGAUAUAAAAAACAUGAGGUAAUUUUUUUGUAAAGAAAAUACAAUGUUGUCAUAUUGUACUCUUGAGAUUUGUAAAUAUGUCACAAUUUUGCUUGGAUGGAUGUAAAUACUUUGUUAAGUGUUUACAGGGAAUAGGCCUAUAGAGCACACCCAAUUGUAGUAGUUAUAAAAUGGCUGUUACAUAAAUAAAUCCUGGUGGUAUGAGAAAUGCAUGAAAUGAACAUAAUGUCUUCAAAGAUUCAAUUACUGGGUCUACUUUCUUCUGUCACUGUGUUAGAGCCUGCUGGCAUUGACUGCUUUAAACACAUGUUACGAGACCGUCUGAAAGCCACAUCCUCCCGUAAUCAAUUAACAUAACGCCUCAUAAAUCCUAUAAAACGCCCAGAAAUGUAAAAAGCACUGGAGCUGGUUUCCAUUUACUGGUUCUGGUGUGUGUAUAUGUGGAGUUUGGGAGACACCGGAAGACAUGUGAUGAGGUGGAAUGUCUGGAUCGAAGCAACACAAAGCAACUUCAUCUUUGUCUUUAUUCUGCAUUAAUCUGCAAUUACAACAUGUACAGAUGUAUUUUCAAAUGUAAAACUGUCAAAAUACAAUUUUAUGAGCAAACUACAAUUAAAUUUGAAUAUUUCUGUGGCCAUGAGAACUGCAUCUUAAAGCAGACGUUCGUUGUAUUUAUGUCAACCACAACCUUGACAAUUUGGACAAAAUAUAUUCCACCAACAUGACAGAAUAUGACCAAAAAGGAAAAU